CCUGCGUCCCCUGCUCUUGCCCACAUCCCGCGCUCCACCGUUCGGAGCUCGGACUGUCGUGACCGCGGGCUGCAGCCACUGCCUGUCCCACGCAUCAGAUCUUUCCUUGCUGGUUAGGCUUCAAAGGACACAGAGAUAGCUCAUCCCGAUUCGGGAUAAUUCUGGCAUAUUCCCCAUCGUGCCCCGCCCGGAUGGAAGGCGGUGGGAGCAGGGACCCGGCCCCCGGCGGGGCGGGCCCGGCCCGGGCACGGGCCAUGGCGACCGGGGCGCGGGGCGCCUGGAGCGAGUGGCCCGUGGAUCACUUCCUGCGCUCCGGGCUAAUCGGGGCGAGGGACGGGGCCGCCGUGCGCUGGUUCCACGCCGCCAACAGCAGGGCCCGGGCGGCGGAGGCCGCGCGAAGUGAUGUGCACAUGGUGGAGGUGGAUGUUCUCCUUCGUGGAGGGGACAGGGACCCCAUCCUGGCUCACCCCCCAGACACUGACAGUGACAUCACCCUGCAGGAGUGGCUGGCACAGAUGGUCAGCACCAAUAAAGGCAUCAAGCUGGAUUUUAAGAGCCUGGCCGCCGUGGGACCCUCGCUGGAGCUGCUGGGGCAGGUGGGGCAGCCCCUGGACAGACCCGUGUGGCUGAACGGGGACAUCCUGCCUGGGCCCCGCGGGAGCCGCGCGCCGCUGGACGCCCGCGCCUUCCUGGGCGCUGUCACCUCCUCCUGCCCCGAGGCCACCCUGUCCCUGGGCUGGACCACGGGCUGCCACCGAGGCCAAGGCUACGAGUGGCCCAUGGUGCAGGAGAUGUCCCAGCUGUGCCAGCCCCUGUCCCAGCCUGUGACCUUCGCAGUCAGGGCUGCACUGGUGCCCAGCUCCAUCCCACAGCUGCACUGGCUGCUCCAGCAGUGCCCCAGAUACAGCCUCACUGUUUGGACAGGAAAAGAAGACAUGUAUUCUGUAGAAGACUUGCUUCUCAUCCGAGAAAACUUUGAUAAAAGGAUCUGUGUCUCAUACUACAAAAACAUUUGCAAUUUACUGCACUUCCAAGCCUUGUAUUUCCCUGUGAAUUGGAAGGAUAUUCGUAAAUAGAUGAUGUGGUGCAGCAGGGAGUUGUCAUGGUGUCCUGCCAUGACAGGAAGCAUCCCAGUGGGAGCAAAGCACCAGGUGUUCUCCAAGGUUUCUGUUGUCUGAAUGUGCUCUGGAAUCCAAGGAAAUGCUCCCAAAGACACAUUGUCCAAUCACGGUUCUCCACCUGAUGUUCUCCCCUUCUCCAUCUUCAGCUUUCAUUCAAAGUGUGACACGUUUCUUAACCUGCUCUCACUGAAAUAAAACUCAACACAAAGUGGGGUUUUUUUUUCAAUUCAUACCUUCAAAUUAAAGCUGAAAUUAUGCUGGGGGGUCUUUAAAACUCAUUUAAUGACUUGGUGAUUAAAUGGACCCGUCGUUUUCUUCAAGGAAAAAAGUACAGAAAUCAAGAGUGCUGGGAAUUAAAAAUAUUUGGAUUCAUUACUUUUUAAAAGUUUAAGGAGAGCCUGUUGGAAUACAUGGAUUAUACCUACAUUAUAUCCAAGAAAUGGGGGGGGGGGGGGCUUUUCCAUAGAUUUCAGUGUUCCUCUGAAGUUUUUUGAUUAAAAAUGUCUUUCAAUUCUCAGACUAUUUCUUUUAAAAAGGGCAAGGGUUCUAAGGUAGUAAGAGGCAUUACAAUAAGAGGAAGUGUUUGGACAAUUGUUUAAAGAGUGAAUUAUUGAUCCGUAAUCUUGAGAUCUUUUUCUAGCCAAAAUAUUUAAUUUCUUGGAAUUUUAAUUGAAUUCCGAUUGUGUUUUCAAUUUGUUGUUGUAUUUUGAUGCUCCCAGACACCUGUUUUUCAGUUUGCUCUUUUUUUUUUUUCAGGAAUAUCUGUUUGCUUCCAGUGAAAUUAAAAGUAUUGUACAAUAUUGUCUUCGGAAGUUUGAAAUUACAUAUUUUUGGGGUAGUUCCAUGGUAAUUUUCAAUAUCCUGAUGCUUGGGCUUAAUUUCCUUGGAUUCCCUUGAAAUACUACAGGUUUUUACAGCUUUUUGGCCUAAUUGCCUUGACCUGAUUCCCUUGAAUUUUCCAGUGAUCCCUUCUGUCAUUGUUGGUUCCAGUGCCUGGUCAUGUUUUCUCCCCUUGUUGUAGAGAAAAAACAGUCACAGAUUCAUAAUCUCAGCGGGAAUCUGCCCAAGCAGAAUUAGUGUGUCUUUAAGAGGUGCUCCCAUUAAUGUGUUUUUAAAAUAGAUGUACAGGUUUGUAUUUUGCAAUGGAGACGUUGUUGAGAGAAAGCAGGCUGUAACUCACUCCGUCUGUGACACAGGCAUGGAAGUGUUCAAAAUUGCUGAUGCUUUCGGGGAAAAGAGACAGGAACUUACUGCAGUUCCUCAGCCUGCCUCUGUGUCUGGG